UAGAAAAUGGCGACUAAUGGUGUUGUUGUUUGGGAAUGGCAAAACGAAUAUGGCCAGUGGAGACCUUAUAGCCCAGAAAUUUGUGGAUUCUUCGAAUCAAACAAACAAGCUACUUCCCCACUUCAGUUAGGCGAUGUGGAUCGUAAUUUAUAUUUGUAUACAGCAGAUCUGCAAAAAUGUAUUCAGACUCGAAUUGGAACAGGGACACAGAGGGCUAUGCGACGUAGCAUCGUACCGUCGACUAGUCCUAUUGCGAAAGGGAUCACCUGGCAGUGGGAAGGGGAUGUUCCGGGUUCCUGGUGUCACUUUGAUUUAGAAGUUGCAGAGUAUCUGGAUGAAUGCUUUGUGAAAAACCCUCGUGUUUUCAUUGAUCUGAGAUCUACUAAGUUUAGACUUCCAUAUCACAUAGAUCUGGCAAACAUGACACAGACUAGAAUACAUACAGGCCGUGUGAGAAAGGUUCAGAGGGUGUUUACCAGCAGAAACUAUCCAUUAGAUGGACCACAGGUUGUGACAGGUGUUAAACGACAGAGUACUUCCCCAGGCCCAAGCAGCUCUGGGCAAAAGAGGACAAGAUCUUCAACAACCACAUCAUCCGUGUUUGGUCAGAAUCCUAACCCGGUAAACAUGGGAACAGUUCCUGCAUCUUCAGUGACUCAGCUAAAUUCUGUGAUUCAGUCAAAUUCCAUUAACAAUUCUCAGACAUCACCCUUUGUCUCAGUGUCCAGCUCUCCAAACUUCCAGUUCGGUACAACAGGUACGAGUGCCCCCUUUAGUUUUAUGCCGUCCCUAAAUUCUAGUGUUCAUCAUCAAGGGCCUAUCACACGAAGGAGACAUUUACUUACACAGGGCCUUACUUUUGGCCAAGGAAAUCCACAGAUGAUGCCUCAGGCAAGUUCGAAUUCGUAUCCAAACCCUGCCGGGGUCAAUCCAUUCUCACAAACCCAUGCUGCUACCUCCCAGCCCUCAGGCUCCAUGCCCGGUGGUCCCUUGAUUGGUCAUGGUGUACCAAUGUUUGGUCAUGGUCAGGUGGGCAGCAGUGGCCAGUCAGGACCAGUACCUGGCUUCCCAUCCAUGGCUAUGGGCUAUACAAGAUCAGGAAGUCUGUUUGGGGGCUCCAGUUCUAGCCGUGUACAGCCAAAUGCUGCCUCACAUGGUCAGCGAAAUGCUGGUUAUGGCUCACAGCUUCCACCUGCUGGCAAAAUACUAAACUACGAAAAAUCCACAAAACAGAAGUCUGCCAGCGCUGGUAUGUCUGCGGAGAAAAUCCUGAAGAAAUAUGUGACAGUUGUUGCUGCGGCACCGAAAGAUGAGGACUGCUGCAUCUGUUACGAGAGACUGAGUGAGGCAUCAGGUCACGGGGUGGGAGGGCCGGAAGACAGGGUGGUCCUUCAGCUUGAGAAAUGCAGCCACAUGUAUCACAAACUAUGUCUCACAGCCCUCUAUGACAGCGGUCCCAAGGAUGGAUGUAUCCAGUGCCCAGCGUGUAAGACUAUAUAUGGGGAGAAGACUGGUAGCUGCCCGCGGGGUGAAAUGGAUUACCAGGUGAUCCCCCACUCCCUUGCUGGACACCCUGAUUGUAAAACUAUACAGAUCAUCUACAAUAUAGAGCCCGGAGUUCAGGGUCCAGAGCACCCUGCCCCGGGCCAGAGGUACUACCUGACUGCCUUUCCACGUAUCGGCUACCUGCCUGACAAUGAGAAAGGGAGAAAGGUUUUACAGUUGUUGAUAGUGGCAUGGAAGCGGCGGUUGACAUUCACCAUUGGACGAUCACACACGACAGGUCGAGACCACAGUGUCACAUGGAAUGAGAUCCACCAUAAGACCGAGUUGCACGGCAACCACGGGGAACAUGGCUUCCCCGACCCCAAGUACCUGGACAAUUUGUUGGCUGAGCUCGCUGUACAUGGGGUCACUGAGAGUGACCUUGCCGACUCAGGCCCUGCUGAUUGAAGGAUAAUGUGCAAUAUUUUGAAUUUGGUUAUUUGCUUAAAUAUUUUUUAUGUAAAUUUAUGCAAAUUUUUGUUGCCUGAAGAGUAUAAUUUGGGUGGCAGGGGUGGUGUUCACUGCAUCUUGCACAGGUAAAAUAUUGAAGAAGUUACCAACUUAUCAUCAUGGAACAAAGUGACAGUGCUUUUCUUGCUUCUGUCUACAUCAUCAUAAUUGAGAUAUGUCAUAAUUUCAGCUUCUCUUGUUAUUUGACAGCUAAUGUGAUAGUAAUAAAGCUGUCUAUUGCUUUCUCUCUAUUAGUCUGUAUUUUAAAAUAUGAUUCUGUGGUAUAUUUUACAAUAUUUGUUACUACUGCAGUUAACUUUUGUUGUAAGUGUCUGUUUUAGAUAAAUUCUUUACUUUAUGUGGUUUUCUUCAAAAUGUAUAUAAGCUGAAAUGAUAUCAGCUGCAGUGUAUGUCUCGAGUGUGAUUGGUGUACAUGUAUCGCACAUGUUAUCACACAGGCUACUACAUGUAUAUAUGUGGCUUGAUACACAUACCAGACUUUGAGAAAGUUGUCUAAUAAAGUUUUUUUCUCAACAUGCUAGUGAUUAAUUGAAAGGAACUAUUUUGAGUGAAUUGAUAUAUUCAAUUGAUAUUAUGACAUAGUUCAGUGUAUACAGGAUUGUGUACCUUCAGUUUAUUGAUGAUAUUACGAGAAUGAUCUUCUUCAAGCGGGCUGUACUAAGCAGUGAUUAUGAAUUAUUUGAUGAAGUUCAUAUUGUUUUCACUAAACCUUGUGUGUUUGGAUAUUUAUUGUUUAAACAAAUGUAUAGUGCAUGUUUUUCUAAUUUACAAUUGACACAUUUUUGUGAAUCAUUACAAAAUGCAUGUUAGUGCAUGACUUUGUAUGUUACUUGGUUUUCCAGUUAGUUAACACACAUUUUCUGUUUCUGUCAGCCUUUAUUAGUCCGAGGGAGAGAAACUAACAUUUUAAUUUUACAUCACAUUUCAUCUACUUCUUGCUUUAUAUACAAAUAUGUAAAACAUACAUUGGGUUGUUUUUUUGUAUGUUAAUACACUUAGAACUACUGUUGUCAUUAUUAUAGCCGUUGUAAGUGUAUAUCUUCAUUCAAACGUACCUGGGGCUGUAUUUAUUAAGUAUCUUAGUGAAUUAUUAUAUGUGGAACAUUGCCUUUUAUCUUUUUAUAAAAAAACUUUUGUUCAGCAAAAACAUAAAAAUGAGCAAGAAAAUGGUCAAAUACAAAUGCACAUGAAAAAUAAUGAAAAGUAGAGGUUAUGUAAGUUGGGUAUUUUUCACCAAGAUGCAGAAUCUUAAUAGUGAUUUUUUUAAAUAUAUUUGAGAAAAUAAGAUGAUUUUAUGUCCCAUUUACUUUUCGUACAGUCCAUUCAUAUGCCAGCAUUUAAUAGACCAUUUUCUUGCUUAUUUUUAUAUUUGAGGAGAACAAACAUUCAUGCUAUUUAAAUAUUCAAUGCUAUUUUUCUUUAAAUUAAACAUAUAAAAGAGGCAAUUUUUCAUGAAGAUAUUUUUUUUUACUUAAGUUGCUUUAUGAAUGAAGCCUCAGAUCAAUAGGAUGAGAAUUGAUCAAAGCAUGUUAUGUCCAUUUUCUGCUAACUCUGUAACCGGCAUACAUGAAUGGUGUUGUUUUAUAGUUUCUUUUAGGUCUAAUAUCUUAAGUUAUAAUAUUGUUAGUGUCUACGCCAUGUAGUUCUGAAAUACUCUAUUAUGAAAUUGCUCUUUUUCUACUAAUGGUCUACUUAAUGUGAUAUACUUGCUGAAAAUAAAAAAGAUAAAGGUA